AUGCCGCCAACAUUAAUAGACUUAUUUGUCCUGCAGAAACGUGCGGUUAGGGCAAUUUACAAUCUGGACCCUACAGUGUCUAUGAGAGAUAAGUCUAAAGAGAUUCCUUACACUAACGUCUCAAUUGGACAUUGCAGCUGUCUGUCAUCAUCAGGCGGUGUUCUGAUUUUGUUGUUUUUAACUUUCAGGCACAAUUACAACAGCUUAAUCAAUCUGAUGGUGAACAGCACUACUGAACAGAUAUUGGACUUUAUUGAGGACAAUGAGAGGCUCCGUGGCUACCCCACACGAGUUCACGUGUCGAGCAAUGAUACCAUCAACGGCGAAUAUCCACUAUUCAUUACUGCCACUCAGCAGAAAGGCAUCUCGUCGUGGGAACUUCCUCUGGUAGUACAAACCAGCAGUACCGUGAUGCAGUUCAAUGAUAUGGCGAGGACGCUGUGUCCACACGACGCCGGGCCCAACAUUACGUAUGAAAAUCGCCCGACGAUACAAAUAUCCACUUCUAAUCCUUCUAACGUUAACGUCGGCAUAAAAUUGAGGCGAGUCGAAGAUUUCUACGUGGAAAUUGAGAAGGAGCUGACUCUAGUUGCAACACCAAGUAGUCCGAAAUAUUAUUAUUUCUCGUUCGACAACAACCCGUGGAACGUUACCAAACUAGAUCAUAUGAAAGGACUGUUACCCAGAUUUAACUACACGAUACCAAAAAGCGUAAUAUUAAUAAUUGAAUCCGAUGAUAAUCUCUGCGCUGUCGUUUCAAUACAAAAUAAUUCC